CGAUCAAACAAACGGCAAAUGACUUUGAGAAACUGAAGCAUAAAGAGAGAGAAAGUGAAAAGAAAGUAAAGAAAAAAAAACAGAGAAAAACCAAACAAAACCCAAAGAAAACAACAGACAGAACAGUGUGUUUUCUCGGUUGAGUGUAAGAAAAAAGAGAGUUUUUUUCUCGCUGGUUAUUUGUUGUUAUUUAUUUCUGCUUCUUUUUUUUUAUAUCUAGAAGAAAAAAAGAAGACGUAAACACCCAUUUGAUCGGAUUGAAAUUUGGGAUAUUUAGGGAGGUUGUUUGUACGUACGUUGAAUGGAGCGGGACCCAGAAUCCGAUUCCCAACCGGAAUGGACAGCUCCGGGACCCGAAACGGGACUCCAAGAACUGGUUUGGCGGUUGGGAUUAGGAGAUGAGCCGGAAUCUUACCCGGAGAGACCCAAUGAAGCUGAUUGUAUUUACUAUUUGAGGACUGGGUUUUGUGGAUACGGCUCUAGGUGUCGGUUCAAUCAUCCCCGUGACCGUACAUCGGUUAUGGGGGCUGGAAGAGGUAACGCAGGGGAGUAUCCGGAAAGAGCGGGCCAGCCGGUUUGUCAGUACUAUAUGAGGAAGGGGACCUGUAAAUUCGGUUCUUCCUGUAAAUACCAUCACCCGAAGCAGGGAGGCGGUUUUAUUAACCCCGUGCCACUAAAUUAUUUUGGAUAUCCACUACGUCCGGGUGAAAAGGAAUGCUCUUACUUUGUGAAGACGGGGCAGUGUAAAUUCGGUGCAACAUGUAAAUUCCAUCAUCCCGCACCACCUGCAGUAGAGGUUCCUGCUCCAUCUCCAGCUUCUCAAGUUGCACCUAUGCCUACUCCAGUUCCUGCUCCUACAUUAUAUCCCACUGUGCAGUCACCAUCUGGCCCUUCUUCUCAACAGUAUGGAGUUGUAAUGGUGAGGCCUCCCCUGAUGCCGGGCUCAUAUUUGCAAGGCCCUUAUGGGCCUUUGCUGCUUUCCCCAGGCAUGGUUUCUGUUGCGAAUUGGAAUCCCUAUGCGGUAGAGCCACCUGUCAGUCCCGGGACUCGAGCCACUGCUGUAUCAAGCUCAAAUUUUGGAGUAACACCGUUAUCUCCUUCAGCACCUGCCUAUACUCGAUCUUAUCAACCUGUACCUCCUAGUGCUGGGCCUUCAAGUAGUAUUCAGAAGGAGCAGUCGUUUCCCGACAUACCUGGCCAACCAGAAUGUCAGUAUUAUAUGAAAACAGGCGACUGUAAAUACGGAUCCUCCUGUAAAUAUCAUCAUCCGCCAGAAGUGCUUGCACCAAAAGCUGAUGUCGUCCUCAGCCCUCUUGGUCUUCCUCUACGUCCAGUAAGAAUUCGUAAAACGCCAUAUAAAUUUGAUGCUUUAUACAAGGGGGCACCUCCUUGCAUUCAUUAUUCACAACGCAGAGUGUGCAAGUUUGGAGCUGCUUGUAAAUUUGAUCAUCCUAUGGGGACGCUAAGUUACAGUCCGUCCGCCUCUUCCCUUACCUUUAUGCCUGUUGCACCCUAUCCUGUCGGAUCUACAAUCGGUACUCUAGCUCCAUCAUCCUCAUCAUCAGAUUUACGACCAGAACUUCAGUCUGGUUCCAGCAAGGACCCUGCUCCAGCCAUUAUGUCAUCAUCAGUGAGUGCAUCGAGUGAAUCAGUUGGUUCUGUUUUUUCUAAAGUAGGACAAGUUCCUCAGUCAAGCACACAUCAGUCAAGUCAGAGUUCCGCUCCUACCUCCAGCAGCAGCAGCAGCAGCACUGCCACCACCACCAUCACCACCAAGGCGCACACUUCCAGCUAAGAAUGGAAGCAACUGCCUCGAUCCUCUUUUUUGAUCAAGGUCAUGAACCAGAACAUUAAUUUUUUUUUUUGCAAGUUUUCGAAAGUAGGAGGCUUCAUUUCUUUGUUAUCAUGGUUCCACAGUUAAGGUCUAGUGCAUAACAUCUCCAAUCAUCUGUAUUCAUAUAAUCAUCAUAGGGCCAUCUUUUCCAUCUCCAAUAAACCCACGGCCUAACCCUAAAACUUUUAGCAAAACCCCAUACACCUUGCUUUUGAAUAACACUGAAGAUCCUGCAGUUAUGUUAGGGAGAACCUGUCCAAAUUUUGGAGUCCGCAUGAUGCAUUUGUUCCCGAUCUUUUUUCAAAAAAGAAAAGAUCGAUCCCACAACAGUCUUCCCUUCAAAUCAACUGUGUGUUCAUGUUCUCCCACCUUUUUUUUAUGAGGGGGGGUUGUGAAGAAUAGAAGUAACUCGAGGAAAACUCCAACGGAUGCAUCAAAAUGUGACUUAUUUAUGCGGGGAUCCGAUUAUACAUA